GGAGGUGUCGUCGCCCGUUUAUAUUGGCAUUCAGACAGCGCAACACAGCCAUGGCUACGAAUGGCGCGGCCUCGGGACACGAGAAGUCUGUGUUAGACCCGGGUCAAGCUGCGCCCCCGGUGGAACUCGUGAAAAUGAGGAUAGACUACAUGCAGGACACCAACGAGAACAAAGUCGAUCUCGGUGCGGGAGCUUACAAGGACAAUGAAGGCAAGCCGUGGGUCUUACCAAUAGUGCAAAGAAUUGGAGAGAAAGUGGCUGCUGACAAAAGCCUGAACCAUGAAUAUCUAAUGCUUCUUGGGAUUGAGUCACUCAGUUCUGCUGCCACUAAACUUCUGUUGGGUGAAAAAUCAAGAGCUGUUCUUGAAAACCGGGCCUUUGGCGUGCAUUCACUCAGUGGGACUGGGUCAUUCAGAAUUGGAUCAGAGUUUCUGUCAAAAAUACUAAACUUCAAUAUUGCUUAUGUUCCCACUCCAACAUGGGAUAACCAUCAAAAAAUUCUACAAUUCUCUGGCUUUGGUGAUAUACGGCAGUACCGAUACUGGGACAAUGCAACAAGAUCUUUGGAUAUUAAUGGUCUGAUAAGUGAUCUUUCUACUGCACCAGAAAAUUCUGUCAUUGUGUUACAUUUGUGUGCUCAUAAUCCAACUGGUUGUGAUCCUACAAAGGAACAGUGGAUUAAAAUUGCUGAUGUCAUGCAGGAGAACAAGCUCUUCCCUUUCUUUGAUGGAGCUUAUCUUGGCUUUGCAUCUGGGGACUUGGAUGAAGAUGCUUGGCCUGUUAGAUACUUUGAAGAGAGAGGUUUCGAACUGUUUUGUGCACAAUCAUUUUCAAAAAAUUUUGGCCUAUACAGUGAAAGGGUUGGAAAUCUGGCAGUAGUACCCAAAAACAUCCAAGACAAAUUAAAAAUACAAUCUCACUUGCACACUAUCGUCAGAGCAAUGUAUCUGACUCCACCAGCUCAUGGAGCUCGAGUAGUUGAUUGUAUACUUAAUGACCCAGAGCUGACUAAAGAGUGGAAAGAAUGUUUGCAGAGCAUGACAAAACGUUUGCAGAGCAUUAGAUCAGAGUUUAAGCUGUCUCUUGAAAGGCUGAAGACCCCAGGUAACUGGGACCACAUAACUGAACAUAAAGGAAUGUUCUCUUACACUGGCCUCACAGCCCAGCAAGUUGACUACCUGAAGGAUAAAUGGCAUGUUUAUCUUAUGCGGAGUGGGAGAGCAAAUAUGUGUGGUAUAAACACACACAAUGUCAGUUAUGUUGCAAAGGCAUUUAAUGAUGCUAUCAGAAAUGUGUCUCAAUAA